CCCUUAGACGCAUUAAAUCAUCAGGCUCAAAAGAAAAAUAUCAUAUCUUUGAUCUAAUACUGCAGUACACGUGGAAAUGAAGGUUUUCGGGAAAUAUUUGAGCUCUCUUAUUCUGUAAUCACCUGAGUUUAUUCAGUUUGUACUGAGUAGUAAAAUAAGUAAAUUUGAUUUUUUAAAAAAAAAAUAUAUCUGAUUUUAUAGCCCGGAGAAAAAAAUAUAAUUAUAACGAUCUAAGGUUUGAUCUUUUAAAUCAAGUUGAUAACAAUUUUAAGAAAAUACUAAUUUUUAAGAAUAUUAACUUAUAAUUAUUAUGACGAGUGUAACAAGUGUUGAUUCUGAUGAUUUGUUGUUAGUGGUCAAAGCAUUAGAGCAAAGACAGAACUUCGAAAUGAAAUGCUGGCACCAACAUGAAGAAGAUAGUGCAUUCUUUGAUGAAGAAGACGUCGCAAUAGGAUUAUAUGAAACUCACAUCAACUGUCUAAAUUUAAUGUGUUUCGAAGUGACCAUCACUGGGGAAUUUAGAAGUGCCAGCGAGAACUCAGCAGCUGAGAUGUUGGUGAUAAAAUUCAACGAAAUGUCCUCCCCUAAAGCCUUGGCGUGGUGUGGUCGCCAACUAAUUUACUUUCAUGAAGAACAUCAGUGUUCUCAGUAUAUGUCGUCUGCCUUAAAAUUUUAUUUGAAAGCUCAUGAAAUGGUGAAAAAAGCAUACUUCCAUGACAAUUGUGUACUUAACAAGAGGGCUCUUCGAUAUUUCAGACUAUCAAGCGAAAAUAAAGUUCACCAGAGUGUCUUUGUGGAAUGCCUUCGAGUGUUUUGUAUGUCAAAUGGAUAUUCCCCUUAUGGAAUCUUAGACGAUGUACUCAGAAUCGCACACGAAGCUAAAAUCGAUGUAUUGAAGAUUUGGGAAAGCGAGGUUGAAAAAUCAUCAUUUAGAUUUUUCUAUUAUUCCUUAUUUGCGAAGAUAGAGAACUUAGUCUCUUUGAUUAAAUACGGAAAAACAGAGGGUCUAUCUGCGGAGAAUUAUGUAUACCACAGAUAUUGGAUGUCAGCUGUUAGUAGGGUAUCCGAAAGUAUGGUGAAUGUAACAGAACUCAACUCCAAGACAGUUAGAUCACUGCAAAUACUGUAUUUGCACUUUUUCAAUAGUCAGUCUCCAUUUAUGUCCUCGCGCGCAUUAAAAUUACUGUGGAAUAGCAUAACAGACCCUUUUCUAACUAAGGAAGAAUUCUGCAGCAGCUUUGCGCCAACAAAAACUUCGGAGCAAACUUUAUUGCAACUUGCAUGGACUUGGUACGAAGAGCAUGUGCUGGAAAAUAGAACUUUAACGAAAUCGCCAAGAUCCCUUCUCCAUCUCUCAAGGUUCUCAGUUCGUGAACAGAUGGCUAAGUCUCUUCAGCUUCCAGCAGGCGUCGAAAUGCUUCAUGUCCCAAAAGUAGUAAAGAGAUAUAUUCUUCUGGAAUGCUAAAACAUUUCUGUACGUAAAUGUAUAAUAAACAAUUCUAUUAAAUAAAAAUGACAUAUCACCCUGAA